AUGCCUGGCCCCACAUCUCAGACAACUUCUCAGGUGGACAACCAACCACCGACUUCUACAUUGAAAGCUAGUCGUGUCAUCCCUGGCCUCACUUCAGCUCCACCGAGUGCCACCUCAGCCUCCAAGCGAUCCCGUAAGAAAAAGACAGCCUCCACUUCGGGACAAACCAAAUCCGAGCAACCCUCUACUAUCACCCCUGCUACCGAAAAUGCUGAAAACGCGAGCGCACCUUCAGCUCCUGUCAUGGUUGGAGGGCUUGGCAUCACCCUUGAACCUCCCUCCCUCACGUUGAAUUCCCACUCUACCGCUACCCCCAUCCCAUCCCAGAUUGUCUCGCCUGUUCAGCAAGUUCAGAAACGGAUCCGGGCUGCCACCAAAAAAAUGCAACGAAUUGCUGGCUACGAGACUAGUUCAACACCCUUGAACGAGGAUCAAAAACGAGCAAUUGCUUCGAAGCCAGCUUUGGAAGCUACCGUGAAAGAAUUACAAGACCUACUCAAGAUCCUAGAGGAGGAUGAAUUGCUAGACGAACAGAGAAUCAAUGCCGUAAGAGAAGAAGAGGAGAGGAAAGUCAAGGGACGGGUUGAUGCCGCUAUAGCUGCUGAGCAAAAAAAUGCCGAGUCUAACUUGACAUUCUUGCUCCAAUUCCUACACCUCUACUCACUCUUCAACGCUGCCAAUCAAGCUGGUGAAUCGUUUGCUCCUGUUAUCAUGGCACCGGUCCUCGAGACCGCCACGGGUCAGGAAGUUGCUGCCAUCAAUGCGCUCUUUCACCAAUUGGCCAACGGACCUAUUGCUGGAGGUGGCGGAGAUGCGUUCCAAAGCAUCCAAAGUCUUGCCAGCGGUGCAGAGGUCGAAGUGAUUCCAGGAGUUCCAUUCGCACGAAUCAAAGAAAUGAUCACUCAACUCACGGCACCUCCAGCUGCUGACAUUUCGAAUCCAAGCUCCACCGAAAAGAACAAUUUGAUGUUCCUUCAACAUUCCGAAGUUGCUGAAGAACCUAGCGUAGCAGCCAGUCCAGAUCCAGCCCAUUUACCCGUCGAUCCUCCAUCCCACUCCCUUACAUCCUCUCCCAACCUUUCAAUCGACCACGUGGCAAGAAACAAGGCGCUCCUAGAAACAGCUCAGAUCGUCAGUGCAGAGCCAAAUCAUGCUGAGAACUGGAACGCCAACCCUUCGAAAGAAGAAGCCCCUCAAUCCUCGGAUUGGUCCAAGCCCACGGAAAUGUUGAGCAGCGAUCAGGCUGAGGUUGUGGCUCGUACGAUUGAUUGGGCGGAGGAUGUGGUCGUUGAUGCAGAUACUCAGGUGCCAGCGCCUGAUGUAACACCAGCUCCGCCAACUUUUCCCAGUCGGGGUUUCAGAGGCAAUGGUGGACGCGGUGGAUAUCGCGGUGGCUCACGAGGAGGACCUCACCACGACGGUUAUCGGGGUGGUCGAGGUUCAGGCUAUCGAGGGGGUCCGCCUCAUAGGGGUGGGCCUGGUGGAUACCGUGGUGGCGGUGGCGGAAGUGGAGGUGGAACAUGGCGAGCUGGUCCUGACGGUCCGGGUAACUACCGACCCCGACCAGAAGGAGAUUUUCCUAACAACGGAUAUCGAGGUCGAGGUGGGCCAAGAGGCGGUGGAGGUGGAGGAUUUCAGAACCGAGGACCUCCAAACCCUUCUCAAUCUAAUUACCGCCCAGAACCAGUGGCUGGGAACUGGAACUAAACAAAACAGCCAAGGUACAUCACAACAAGCGCAUCUUCAUUUGUGCGACUUGUUUUUAUUGUGCUUCUUGAACUUGAUGUUUCCACGCUGCAAAAAAGCUGCUGCUUGUUAACGUGUCUUUGGAAGUGAGGGAAAUGAUACUCCGUGUAUGUGUACGCCUUGAUGUCCUGCCAAAAACGAGAAAACGCUAUUGAAUAAACUGCCGAG